UUAAGGUGUUCACAACGCAAAUGGCUCCCGAUUGUUGUAAAUAACCUCAAAAAUGGAUUUUAAUAUUAUGGAGGAUUUUAAAUACCUAAGCCACGACAGAAUCAAUGUAUUUUGCGAUAUUAACAUAGGAACAUUGUGUAGAGUGUGUUUGGAGAGAAUGGAGAACGGUAAAAAGUCGUACAACAUAUUUUCUGAAGGAGAUCCAACCACAUCAAAUAUGAUCAUGUCUUGUGCCUCUGUUCAAAUUUCAGAAACAGAUGGUCUACCAAACAUAAUUUGCCAUGAAUGUUUUAUAAAACUUAACAUGGCAUGGCAGUUUAAAAUUCUCUGUGAGAACUCUGAUGCCAAACUCAGGGAGAUUUAUUUGGGCCCCAGUAUUACCAAUAUCGAAAUUGCAAAUGAAGCUAGUCUCUCGGGGAGCGAAGAAUUGUGCAUACUUAACAAUAACAGUAAAAAAAUUGAUUACCCUUGCAACAAAACAGUAAAUUUUGAGUUAACACUACCAGAAACAACUAAUAUUGCUAAACCAAAAGAAUCAUCUAAUCUUGAGCAAAGUAUGACAGAAAUCAAAAGUAAACAAAGAUACUCAAAGAUACAUCAAUGUGAAACUUGCGGCAAGAUUUUUAACAGAAGAGAGUAUUUAACACAACAUUUACGCAUUCAUACAGGAGAAAAACCAUACCAUUGCCAUUUAUGUGAGAAAAGAUUCAUAAACUCAGGUCAUUUAAUAACUCACAUGAGAAAACACACAGGCGAAAAACCGCAUAAGUGUUCCCUAUGCACAAAAUCUUUCUCCACAAAACAAGAGUUAACAAAACACACUAUGGUGCAUAAAGGCGAGCGUCCUUAUAUUUGCAGUGAAUGCGGCAAGAAAUUUGGUAGUUCCAGUAAUUUAUACACUCACAUGAAACACCAUACAGGUAACAAAACGUUUUUUUGCAAUGUGUGUUCAAAGAGUUUUUACACAAAACAAGAGCUGAAGCAACAUCAUGUAACUCACACUGGGGAAAAGGCGUUUUUGUGCGAGUUUUGUAAUAGGAGAUUUUCGCAAAUUGCGCAUUUAAAGAGGCAUUUGAAAGUUCAUGCAAAAGAGUAAAUUUAUUUAUAUUUGAUGAGAAUAUUUACAAACUUCCGAAGUGGUGCUAAAUUUUAGAAAUUUAUUUUGGCAAUUUAAUGUUGAUAAAAGAAGUGAUAAAAAUUGUUAUAUUAGGCAAAUAUUUAGACUGAAUCCGAAUUUUCGAUAUAAACCGCGUUAUUAUAGUAUUUAAGCUUAAUAUUAGGUACAAUAUGCAAUAGUCCACUUACUUACACACAUUAUAUGUAACAAUAGUUAAGUCCAAAAAUACUCAUUUUCCUAAAAUAUUGAUAUUUCUUAAUACACAAAACUUUUAACGUUCAGUAAUACAUGAUGCAAUAGUUUUAACAAGUGUACAUGUAUUUUACUAUUAUUUAACUUUUAUGCGGAUUUGCUCAAUGUGGCAUAUAUAUAUUUCAUUUUAAUUGUGAAUUGUGAACAAAAAGUACAAAUUAAUCUUAAGUAUACAAAAAAUUGUAAUUUUUUAUUUAAUUUUAUCGAAUAAAUGACGAAAACC